CCCAACAUCUCUGGUUUUGUAGUCAACACAUUACUAGUUUCAUAAAGUUGGCUUCCAUAAACUAAAUAAUAGAUUAUAGAACUUCUACAUCUCCAAAAGAUUCAUUGUUUCAAACAAAUAGAAUUAAGUUUUUUUCUAAAGUUUUUUUUUUGUUUGAAAUUGUGUGUAUAAAUCUGCCAAUAUUUUAUAGUUCGAAUUUUAUUUGUCACUAAUAAAUGAAUCUAAAUUUUUUUAACAACCCAAAAAAUUUAAAUAGUUGAGUUUUUUUUGUUGAGAAUUUUCUUUUAAAACUAGUGUUUUGACUCAAAACUCAAAAGUACGGGUUCUCUAGAAACUGAAGUGUUGGCUCUUUUAAACACUUGCCCUUAUUCGCGCUUCCCAAAGCUGCAAAAGUUUCAACUUUUUAAGGGUUUCGUCUGAAGGAGAAGGAGCUUGAAUCAGCCCCAAGUUAGAGAGAACUCAACGAUGGAUUUGGAUGGACCUCUUGAUUUCGAGAACGAAGAUCCUCUCGUUAACCCUCCAACGAUAAUUGAAAAAAGGAAGAAAGUUAUUGGUUUGGACGAUCUUCUCUCUGAUUUUUACAAAGAGAAGAGUAAGGUUAUAGACAAGGUAAACAAGAAACGCAAAGUGUCUAAGGUUUAUCAUUCGGAUGAUGAUGAACAAGGUCAAGUAGAUAAGCUUUCUCAAUGUGUUGUUGAGUGUCAGAAUCAGAUGAAUGAGAUAGCUGAUGAAGAGGAGAAUCAAGAGUGGGGAUUAUCUAUGUUUGGAGAUCAGAAAACUCCAAUACCUUCACUGCUUGUUGAUCUCGAUAGUUGCUGCUUGUUGAAAGAGUUUAUGAAUAAUCAGUUAAAUUUGGUGGUGGGUCUUACCGUUGAUGAAGGAACAACUUUUAUUGAAGGCUUGCUGGUUAACGGCUGGCUCACAAGACUGAUCAUGACUUGUGGACGUGUGGAAAAGUUCAUUUGCAAGUGGACGCUUAAUAUAUUGUUGUAUUCAUCUAAAGAAGAUCUAAGAUCAUCUGCUUGUGACUUUUGGUGUUCCAUACUGUUAUCACAAAACAAGGUUAAUGGAGCUUCUGUUGAGAUUUACUGGCUUCCUAACUAUCAGGAACUUAAAGAAGCUCUUGAAUCAUAUGGGUUCAGAAUUAGUCUGUCACACUCACAAGACGUUGAACUAGCAGAAGCGGAUUCUGAGUGUCAAGGUCCUCCACAGAAUAUUAGAGCUUGGUUAACAUUGGUUACAACUUGUUGUCAAUUUAGGUGUAAAAAACCUAUUUUUACCACUUCACAAGUUGAACAGAUAGCCGAAAUCCUUGUAUCGUUGCUCUUAGAUCGCAGUCUUCUCGGUCUUUCAAUUCUCUUACAAGAGUGCUUAAUAUCUGUUAUUGGAUCCUUCAAAGAGGAAGAAUGGAUUUCAAGCUGCAAGAAAAUAGCUAACUCUCUUGCUUCCAGAGUACCUCAAGACAUAAAUUGUUUGAGGGUAGUGGAAUCUGUAUCAGGUGUUGAUGCUCGAAGCAAGCAUCUGAGAAGUUCCAUUGCACAUCAAAUGCUUGUUGUUUUACUUGAUCAUAAGGACAGCGACGAAAAUUUGCUGAGCUCGCUGAUGUCUAUCAAUGUGAAGGAGAGAAGUUGUAACCUUUUCAAAAUGUACAUUUUCCUGGUAUUGGCUGAGAACUGGCUCUUCUCUAGUACAUUGGUAGAAGCAAAGCCUGUACUGAGGGACAUGUGGGCUGUGUUUCUCAGAAACUGUUCUUGUCAGAUCAACAGCACCGAUCUUCGGUCUUAUGCAUCAAAAGUUCGAACCAGAGCCGCCUAUCUUCUUCAAGGUUGCAGCAGCAAUUGAAGGAGUACAACUGAAACUUCAGCAGUAGUUUGGUUUGCUGAUUAAAAUUUCGCUAAUAUAAAUGUCUUUAUAGAAGUAUUUUUACUACUAUAAAUCCAUUAAAACAAAAUUUAUGUCUUAACCCCUAUUUUAUUCUCGCAAAAUUCAUAGUGACGUAACAAAGAAACUUGCACAAACUAUAACAUUAUGUGUUCUAUUAGUAAAAUUUAAAUUAUACAAC